ACGGUUCCCUCGCUGGAUGUUGGGCUUACUAGGCUUGCAGGCAGAGCGGGCGUAGCUGGGAGCCCGCGGGGUGGAGCUGCGAGCCAGGCGGGAGCACGCAAAGGCCUCGGUGGCAGGUGCAGGCCAUUGGCCCUGACUCCAGGUCGCUCCGGAUCCGCGCCGGACUAGCGGUCUAGGAAGCAGCGGCUUCAGGUUUGCGCAUCAGGGCGGCCUUGAGCACAGCGCCUGCAGGCUUACCAUCCCCGAGCUGAAACUUUGUUUCUGUCAGUCUUCGGUGUUGGACAGUGUCUUAGAGUGAUUCCCACAGUCUGUAUUCUUUGUUGGUGAAGUUCUGUUCCUUUGCUCUAACGUUUUGCUGUUGGAAAGAGUGGAAGGAUGCUGAGCAUGGACCCUAGGACUUGUUAAUACCAAGCGCUCUUACAUGAGCUGCACCUCCAGCCCAUUUUUUCCAAAAUUUAAAUUCAAUUCUCGCUAGUGAUGCUGUUCUUGAGCGUGUGUGGUGUGGGGGGGGGGGAGGCUUCUUGUUAAUUUAAGAGACUUUGGUAAUUUUUCUGACCAGAGGCAAACGCCCACGAGGAUGAGAGGACUAAUUUCUAGUCUUCUGAAAAGGGUAUGCAUUCUGCCAUCACUUCUUUCACUUGCAAUGUCCAAGUGCAGAUGGGUGGAAUAUUUAUGCCUUCUCUUACCUUCAUGAGUUGCACACCAUGGCACCUUCUACCUUGCUGAAGAACUCAAUAGCUUGGUUCAGUUGUCUUUAUUCAUAAUCUCUAGUGAAAAGGUCACAGGCCCAAUAACAAGGUGUGCUUCUUGCCUUCUUCUGGCUUUGGUGGCCAUAACAAGGUGUGCUUUUGGCUUGCUUCUGGCUUUGGUGGUCAUGCCCAGGUUCCAUCUAGCUUGGGGAGGCUGGGCUGUGCAGAUGCCCAGCAGGUGGUUUCUAACCUGAUCUGGCCCAGGGAGAACUGGAGAGCAGUCAGAAUGAGUGAAUCUCACAGCCUCUUCCUCCAGGUGUCUUCUCGGGAGGAGCAACAGAGGGAGAAAAAUGGCCAAGAGGUUGCUGCCAGCCCACGUUCAGGAGCCUGUGACGUUCAGGGACGUGGCCGUGUUCUUCAGUCAGGAGGAGUGGUUGCAUCUGGACUCUGCGCAGAGAAGCCUGUACCGGGAGGUGAUGCUGGAGAACUACAGCAGCCUGGCCUCACUGGGUAUUCUGUUUUCCAAGCCAAAGGUCAUCUCUCAGUUAGAGCAAGCGGAAGACUUCCAGAUGAUGGGAAGUGGAAUGCUUCGAGGUGUGUACUUAGGAUGGAAGAGCUUGUUUGAACCCAUAGUUUCCAAAGGAGAAAAUAAGGAAGUCUUGAAAAACCACAGAGUUGAUGAUUUUUUUGACUUCAUAUUGGGAAGAACAUAUGUAAAUGAGGAACGGUUCGAGGACCAACAAGGCAAAAAGAAGAAGCUUUGCAGCGAAAUGCUGCUUUCCAUUAGAGAAGACUGUAUACCAGAGAGGGGCUCUAAGGGUACUGACCUCCUGAGAAAUCCUGGUAUGAAGUCUCCAUUUACUGGAAAACUUGGACUUGUCUCCAGAGGAAGAAAGCCCGGCUCACAGCAGUACUCAAUUCUAUUUAAACAACUAGGAUUCAACACAAUACGAAAGUGUUAUAAAUGUAACAUCUGUGGAAAAGUCUUUCUCCACAGUUCUUCCCUGAGCAAGCAUCAGAGGAUCCAUACUGGAGAGAAGCUCUACAAAUGUAAGGAAUGCCGGAAAGCCUUCAGCCAGAGCUCGUCCCUAACCCAGCACCUGAGAGUCCAUACUGGAGAAAAGCCGUAUAUCUGUAGCGAAUGUGGGAAGGCUUUCAGCUUCACUACCUCUCUCAUUGGGCACCAGAGGAUGCAUACUGGAGAGAGACCCUAUAAAUGUAAGGAAUGUGGCAAAACCUUCAAAGGCAGCUCAUCCCUUAACAAUCACCGGCGGAUCCACACUGGAGAAAAGCCGUAUAAGUGUAAUGAGUGUGGGAGAGCCUUUAGUCAAUGUUCAUCUCUUAUUCAGCAUCAUAGAAUUCAUACUGGGGAGAAACCAUAUGAAUGUAGCCAGUGUGGGAAAGCCUUUACAUCAAUAUCACGGCUAAGCAGACACCACCGUAUUCAUACUGGAGAGAAGCCUUUUCAUUGUGAUAUGUGUGGCAAAGUGUUCAGUUACCACUCAGCCUUGAUUAUACAUCAGAGAAUUCACACUGGAGAGAAACCAUAUGCAUGCAAGGAAUGUGGGAAAGCCUUUAGCCAAAGCUCAGCACUCAUCCAACAUCAAAGAAUCCACACUGGAGAAAAGCCAUACAAGUGCGAUGAGUGUGGGAAGGCCUUUUCCUGGAUCUCACGACUUAAUAUCCAUCACCGAAUCCACACAGGCGAGAAACCUUAUCAUUGUAAGGAAUGUGGAAAAGCUUUCAGUUCCCACUCAGCAGUCAACACUCACCGAAAAAUCCACACUGGUGAGAAACCUUACAAAUGCAAUGACUGCGAAAAAGCCUUCAACCAAAGCUCAGCCCUUAUUCAGCACCAGAGAAUUCACACUGGAGAGAAACCAUUUAACUGUAAAGUAUGUGAGAAAGCCUUCAGACAGAGUUCAUCGCUAAUGACACAUAUGAGAAUUCAUACGGGAGAAAAGCCUUAUACAUGCAAAGCCUGUGGGAAAUCUUUCAGUCAAAGUUCAUCUCUUGCCAACCAUCAGAAGACUCAUUGAGAAAAACCAUAUAAGAAAAAUGCAUGUGAUAAAUCUGCCAAAAGACAUUGAUUCUGUACUGACUGUAACAGAAUUCAUCCUGGAGAGAAAGUGAUGAGUAAUAGUUGGGGGUGAGCAUCAAGAUAGACUUCAGCAAACAUCAGGCAUUUGUGAUGCAGUAUAAACUUGUGUUUGGAAAACUUAUAUAAAAUAUAAAAUGUUUUCCACAUGUUCUUAAGUUUUAUUGACUAUAGAGUUGACUCUAGGGCUAAAAGAUUAAUAUUUCCUAGUGAUUCAGACUUAACAGCCACCAGCUUUUGUAACAUCACUGGGGACCUGGUGAUUUAGGUAAAAGCUGAGCCCUGAAUCAGCAGACUUCAGAUGAGCCUAGGAUCUAUGUUGGACAAAGCCUUUCAGUGGUAAUGCAGAGUAGCUAGAUUAGGAAGAAUGAGAAAAGAAAUCUACAUAGGUAACUUGUAGCUACCUCAUGGUCACUAAAGUUUGCUUUUUAAUACUCUGGAAACAAGUUCUUGUUUAUUAGAACUUUUGGUUCAUUUUUCUUUCCUCUAAGUCACUGACCCGAGAAGAAAACUCGCUCUGUAAGCUGUGCGGGUUAUUGUCCCGUGCAUUGUCUUCCCCCAUUCACCACCUCUGAUUCAGACCUAAAGGCACUUUAAGUCACAAAAUGCAUGGUGUCUCCACUUGGUUUUCUCAGAAAGUAAUUGACUCUGCUGUAUUAAAUUGUGAAGUAAAGGCUCUUCAGACAAAUGCUUUUGAAAUUUAAUUUACACAUACAUACACACACACAGUUAGUUAGAAAGGAGAAAUUCUAUCACGGUGUAGCCACAGAGAGCACAGCUCCUGGUCCCAGGCUAUUCCUGCUUCCUUGUGCUCCCUGUAGCAAUUGUGCACUGCUUCUCUAAACUCCUGGAGUCAGCUUCUUAACCCUGUGAGUUUUCCAGGGCGUUCUGAGUCAUGUGAGCCUCCAUUCUCCUGUUUCCAUUCAAGUAAGUUCAAAGCAUGUAACCCUAGCCCUCCUUCCAUUCUGCCCCUUCUGCAGUGUUCCCGGUGUCUUGGAGUAAUACAGAUGUCUGAUUAUUUUCUUCCAUUUAUGGCUGAGCAUUGAGUGGGCAUGCCACAGCAGCAGUCCUUAUUCUCAGUACCACGACCAAUUGUGACACCACAGUAACUAACCCCCACUGGGGAGGGGUGUUUCCCAGGUUAGGAGAGUGUACGACUCUUGCAGAAGACCCUGGUUCUAUUCCAGCACCUAUUCUGCGUGAUUCAUAACUUCAUGUAACUUCAGCUCCAGGGGAUCCAAGGCUUCUGGCUUCCAUGGGCAUCUCUACUCACAUGUGCACACACACAUAAAGCUUUCCCCCUCCAACCAGUGUUAACAGCAGUGGUGAUCUGUGUCCAUAAUCACAAAUGUUUUUAAGGCAUGUAAUACCCAUUACAAAAAAUAAGAGCAGUAGCCUCCCACCGGGGACCAGGAUCUCCCUAGCCACAGGUUUUGUCCUGGAAAAUGAGUCUUCUCCUAUGGAGCAAGCUGUAAGUGAAAUGGCAGAUACUGGCUGCACUCAAUGGUUGUGCCACUGUUUUGCCAAUGAGCUUAUCUUUCCUGGCAUCCUAAAGGAAUCAGUACACCAUGUCCAUAGCCGAACAAAACUGUUGGCAUCAACUCUCCCCCAGCAGCCUGCACAGUGCUUUUCAGCAUUAUGAAAGUGAGCUAGCAUGGGGGGGAUCUUCCAGCCAGAUCCAAACUGAUUUCUCCAUGUCCUGCAACUAAAGGAUGUGGUAUCUCCGGCAACAGGGACUUCCACUUAGUCCUGGGAUGCAAAAACAACCCCAUAGAGACAAUAAAGCUUGUAGGUUAUGAGGUCAUAGAGGCCUCUAUGGCCAAUAAUUUUGAGAGAGGCAACACAUUCCUGGAAUUGGGAUUUUUCACUCAAAAGCCUGUGGCUUCUGAGAGUGCCUCACUUCAGCCACUGGGGAGAAGGAGUAUUUAGACACAACUGCUGGUUUUUUUGUUUUUGUUCUUCCAAAUGAUUUUCCAAAUCAGAAAGAUACUUGAGAGUGU